CAUUACGUAUUUCUAGAAUGCAAGAAGGGUUUCUACGGUAGGAAUUGUAGUCUUCCAUGUGGACAUUGUGGAAACAAAACAACAUGUGAUCACGUGACAGGUUUUUGUCCUUCCGGUUUCUGUGAUCCAGGUUGGAUACAUUCUAGCGAUCGAAGAUGCAAUCAAGCAUGUGAAGAGGGGGCAUAUGGUAAGAAUUGUAUUUCUACCUGUGGACAUUGCGCCAAUAAAGCAACCUGUCACCCCGUAAAUGGUUCUUGUCCUGAUGGGAACUGUGCACCAGGGUGGAAGCGCAGCAAAGACAGGAAAUGUAACGAAGUCUGCGAUCCCGGUUGGUAUGGUAGCGAAUGUAGAAAACAAUGUGGUUACUGCAGAGGUAACAAAUCAUGCCAUCACGUGACCGGAUCCUGUUCUGGAUUAUGUGAACCUGGAUAUCUCGGAGACAAAUGUGAAAAUAGCGUAUUUUCUAAACAUCUAGCAAAUCAUCGUAAAAUGAUUAAGUUAAUGAGAGAAUUACUUUUCGAUAAGAGACGCAGAGUUGAACUAAAGGAAAAUUGUGCGUCUCCCACUGCCUUUUGAAAAUAAAAACAUACUUUUUCAAACAAGACUUUUUAAUGACU